ACCCCCCUCAGUUUGUCAUUUUAGAGAUUUCGCUGCUACUUAUAGCCAACCGGAGCGCGGCAGCCACCGUCACACCGCCAAACAGCCACCAUGGGUCGUAUGCACAGUCGAGGUAAGGGUAUUUCAGCUUCAGCUCUUCCAUACAAGAGGACUCCACCAAGUUGGCUGAAAAUCUCUGCUCCUGAUGUUGAGGAUAACAUCUGCAAGUUUGCCAAAAAAGGUUUGACACCUUCUCAAAUUGGUGUUAUUCUUCGUGAUUCUCAUGGGAUUGCUCAGGUGAAGAGUGUCACUGGUAGCAAGAUUCUCAGAAUUUUGAAGGCUCAUGGACUUGCUCCCGAGAUUCCCGAGGAUCUCUACCACCUUAUCAAGAAAGCAGUGGCAAUCAGGAAGCAUCUUGAGAGGAACAGGAAAGACAAGGACUCCAAGUUUAGAUUGAUUCUUGUUGAGAGCAGGAUUCAUCGACUUGCUCGCUACUAUAAGAAAACAAAGAAGCUUCCACCAGUCUGGAAGUACGAGUCUACCACCGCGAGUACUCUUGUGGCUUAGAGAAGAUCAUGGAUUGGGAUUACAAGUUUCUUGGUCAAGUCCCAUCUUCAAAAUUACAGACUUGAGUUGUUUUUGUAUGGCCGGGUUGUUUGAAACUAUGAAUGGAACAAAUUUUGUUUUAUGAGAGAUGAUAAGGGUUACAUUUCCUACUUUAAAUUUGCAUCCAAUUAUCUUAUUA